UUGUAUGGGGCCGAGGCCGCAGCGCCCAGUAGAUCCCCGGGUGCUUCUGGGCGGGCCGUGGGGAGGGUGCGGACAGACAGACGGACCCUCCGGGAUGGGGGGUGUGGCCGCGCUGCGGGGGUCCAGCGGGUGGGAGAGCCGCUCGGCGACCACCGGUAGUCAGAGCCCCCCUGCCCUGGGCUAGACAUGCUGUUCCUCUCGUUUCAUGCAGGCGCCUGGGGAAGCUGGUGCUGCUGCUGCUCCGUGAUUCCAGCCGACAGACCUCGGGACCCGGGCGGGCACCGGCGGCGGGACAUGGCGGACCCGAGAUCCGUACACGAAACCAGGUUCGAGGCGGCGGUGAAAGUGAUCCAGAGUUUACCGAGAAAUGGUUCAUUCCAGCCAACAAAUGAAAUGAUGCUCAAGUUCUACAGCUUCUAUAAACAGGCAACAGAAGGACCCUGUAAACUUUCCAGGCCUGGAUUCUGGGACCCUAUUGGAAGAUAUAAAUGGGACGCCUGGAGUUCACUGGGUGAAAUGACCAAAGAAGAAGCCAUGAUUGCAUACGUUGAAGAAAUGAAAAAGAUUCUUGAAACUAUGCCAAUGACUGAGAAAGUUGAAGAAUUGCUACAUGUCAUCGGCCCAUUUUACGAAAUUGUAGAAGACAAGAAGACUGGCAGGAGUCCUGAUUUAACCUCAGUCCGGCUGGAGAAAAUUUCUAAGUACUUAGAAGAUCUUGGCAAUGUUCUCACCUCUACUCCAAACGCCAAAACUGUUAAUGGGAAGGCUGAAAGCAGUGAUAGUGGAGCCGAGUCUGAAGAAGAAGAGGCCCAGGAGGAAGUGAAAGGAGCAGAGCAAAGUACUAAAGAUAAAAAACUGGUGAAAAAAUCUACGGACCAUAAGAAUUUGGAAAUUGUCACCAAUGGCUAUGACAGCUUUGUUCAGAAGAAACCAGAAAGCAUUCCUGCCACUUCAUCCUUGAAUGACAGAAGUGCUGAAGAUGUGAAACCUGUAAGUCAGAGCCUGGAGCAAACUCCUCUCUCCAUGCACCAAGAAAUAAAUGAUGAUUAUGUCGAAGAAAUUUCAGGAAUUCAGCAUUUGACCAGUGAUUCAGACAGUGAAGUUUACUGUGAUUCCAUGGAACAAUUUGGACAAGAAGAGCUUUCAGACAGCUUGACGUCAAGCCAUGGACCCCACCAAUAUUUCAGUCAGCCUUUGGGAAAUUCUGGCUUCCCUAGGGAUGUUCACUUUGCUCCUGGAAAUGGCAGUCCGGGGGACAUGCAAGUGACAGCCAUGGAGGGGAAAGGAGAAGUCAAGCGCGGAGGAGAAGACGGCAGGAGUAACAGCGGGGCACCGCCCCGAGAGAAGCGAGGUGGGGAAAGUGAGGACUUCUCCAACGUCAGGAGAGGAAGAGGGCAUAGGCUGCAACAGCUGAGUGAAGGAGCCAAGGGCCGGCAGAUGGGAAGCGGAGGUGACGGGGAGCGCUGGGGCUCAGACAGAGGCACACGAGGCAGCCUCAACGAGCAGAUAGCUCUCGUGCUCAUGCGGCUGCAGGAGGACAUGCAGAACGUUCUGCAGCGUCUUCACAAACUGGAAACCAUAACAGCUUCGCAGGCAAAGUCGUCAACAUUACAGACCAGCAGUCAACCUCACUCACAGAAACCAUCUUGGUGGCCCUUUGAGAUGUCUCCUGGUGCACUAACUUUUGCCAUCAUAUGGCCUUUUAUUGCCCAGUGGCUGGUGCAUUUAUAUUAUCAACGAAGAAGAAGAAAAUUGAACUGAAGAAGAUGGUAUUUUACACAUGAAGAGCACUGGGCCUGGAUGACCUUGGAAAGAAAUAGACUCUGGAGUACAGAAGAAAAUCUUAGUUUGUGAUGAUUUCAUUUCUUUUUGUUGUCCAGUAGUUUGGUUUAUGUACAUACAUAUAUACAUAUAUAUUUUGCACUACACAAAUGAUAACAUUUUAAGGUCUAAUAUUGAUGAUACUUGAAUAACCAACCUCAGCUAGCUUAUAAGUAGCAUACCUAGACCAGCCUCCCCUUGAACUUGAAGGACAUUAAAUUAUUGAUUAUUGUUUGGUAACAUAUUUACCUGAUUAUCUCCCAUAGAGAAAUAGAAACUGCUUUUCCAAGGUACAGCUGUGAUCAUGAGAUUUAUAACCGCACGUUUUUUGUUUCCGACAUUAAACAUGAAAAGAAUGCAAGGGAGGUGGUAAUUUUAAACGAGAUUAAACUGACUUAGUAGCUUAAUCAUUGAAUUGCCACACCAAGGAGCGUUGAAAACUACGGGAAGAAUCUUUGCUAUGUCUACUUGGUGGGGUGUCCAUAGUCUUUUUUUGACUUUAGUGGUCAGGCACCAGUAUUUCAAAGAAGAGCUCAACAUGCUUGGAUUUUACAAAUGGUUCAUAGAAUAACCUGUUGAUGGAAAUAAUGAAAAAAAAAAAAAAAAAGGUCUUAAAGGAGGCAUGGAAGUGUAUCCUGAGCCUGCAGACCACUAGUAAGAUUUUUACCCAGUCACAUACACUUAUUCCUUUGUAAUCGUUUUAAUUGAGGAUAUCUUAUCUCUGCUUUAUAGGGUGCUUUGAAAUAUAAACUUAUUUAUAAUCUUUUUAUAAACAUCACAAAGGAGACACAUGAAAAACACUUUUCUGCAACCAGUAACCUAUGCAGACGAAACCCUCAGCCUUUUAGUGCCUCUGCUUUUUCCUUUGGGGGUGUAGCGUUUGAGAUUCUCCCAUUUCACACAGGUAUUGGAAGAAAGCGCGAGCGAGCUCACAGACCAUACGCACGCAUCCUUGUAAAUAGGGCCAGCCCAGCUAGUGAAGAUGCAAAUCCUUUUCCUCCAACACCUGAUGCUCAACUGAAAAGAAGACUAGGUCCCGGAAGACUGUUUGGAAGUUACUCUUUCCAAAUUCUCUGCUCAUUUGAAUAUGACUUGUGCUUUAAAGAGUUAUCUGAUUCGAAAACUCUUGGUAUCAAAUACUUUCAAAGCAUUUCCGGCAUGUAUAAGGUUAGGUUUAGUAUAGUGUGUUCAGUGUUUUCAGGAUGAAUAACUCACCCCUCUUAUGCAGGGUGGGUCUUUGCCUGAAGGGGAGGGUUGAAGAAUUUUCUUUUCCCAAGAAUUUACUCCCUUUGCCCCCGCUUCAUAUAACCUGAUAUUUCUGUAAUUUCAAUCCCAUCCUGAUAAGUUUGCCUGACUGUAGGAACCUACUAGUAUUUACAUUUUAAAACAUGUCCUCUGUUUAUUUGGGGACAGCAGGAAGAAAUGAAACAAGAAAUUAAACUGUGUAUGAAAAUUAAGUUUAGAGCUGUGGAUCAGGGAGUAUUUUCAAAAAUUAGACAUCAAUCUCCUAUCAGAAAGUGAUGGUUUUUCCUCUUAAUAUGUAAAUAAAAUGAAAAUUAAGAAUGUAAGCUGUUGUGAUUUAUUACAGAAGGGGGGAUAAUUAACUCCUAGGGAUAACUUAUUUGUAUCCUGUUCCACAGUCUUAUUUUAUAGUUUGAAAAACACUUUGCACACAGUUCUGUAUAUAAAAGUAAAGAUGUAAUUAUAGGAUAUAGUAUUACUGCUUUAAUAUUUUUAAAUGAUCUUUCCUGUUUAUUGUUAAACUACGUUAAAAAUAAAAGGUUAAUGAGAAA